AUGACGCCCGGGGCCGGCAUUGGCGGUGGGGUGUCUGGAAUGGCUGGAGGAAGCCGCGGGAUGGGCAGCAUGCUGGGCACUAAAGCUGCAGGGGCCGGCAUGGAUACAAACAGUCCAAACUCCUACAGCAUGAUUCAGACCCAGGGCAUGAUGGGAAUGAUGCCGUAUAUGAUGCCCGGGGGCGGCGCUGGGGCCGGCCACGGAGUCAUAGGCAGCGGCCGCAUGGUACCCGGCACCCCGAACAGCUUCCUCCCUCCUCCCGGCGAGGACACGGACCAACAGGAGCUCAUGCGGCUGCAGCAGACGAACUACCGGGUCAAGAUGCUGCCACCACCCUUGACGUAUGAAGUGCACCGAAAGAUAUGGUCGAGGAACGAGUACGGCGACGAGGACGACAACGACGAGGAUGACGUGCACGGCCACAGCCACGGCGGUGCUGGCUGCAACGUCGAUCAAGAGCACGAGAGCAGCGGUGGAGGCAGCAUUGCCAACGAGGAUCCCAUCGAUAAAGAGCAGCGCCUGGAAGCGUACAAGCAGAUCAUGCUGCGCUGGUACAGUCACAUCCAUGUCCUAGAGGGAAAGUCAGAGGUGGCGAAGCGCCUUGUGCGCGUGCGCCGGGCCUGCCCGAGCAUGGAGGAGGUUGUGUACAGCCUCACACACCCGCAGCAGCCAGGUGCGGCCGUGGAGUCCGAGACGGGGGGCGAUGAUGAGUCUACCCCUAUAUUGGCCAUGCCUCCCCCGACGGCUACCCCUGCUGCGGUGCGGCGCGGUCCGGAUGGGAUGCCGGACAUGGAGGAAAUCCUCGUUACGUGGUCUUCCCGCUGCUGGAAGUGGUGGCAGGAAACCGUGAAGCGCAAGCCACGGCGUGCUCGCAAGCAGGGCGAGUUGCCACUCACAGGUGGUAAUGGUCCUUCGGCCACAAACAUGCCGACCUCGACCUCGACCUUGGCGUUGGCCGACUUGACCAACGGCAGCGUGCUACCGCACAGCUCCUCCUUGCACAACAAGGACGUGGGAGACUCCGCCGCGCCACCCACAUCACUGCACUUGACUGGCGGCGGUGGAAACCCCUACACGCACCCGAGCUCGUACGCAAACCACGACGGCCCUGGGGUGGCUGGUGGCAUGCCUGUAGUGCCAUCCUACAAGUCCUUCACCGACCUCUCUGAGGAAGGUAUGGACCUCCCGGCCACCUCAUCCGGGCCUCCGGGGCACUACUCACCUUGCCACAACGGCACUGACGAUUUGGCGCCUUCGCAGCCACCGCAUCCGGCACCCCACCCGGACACCGCAGGCGCGGCGUCGAUAUUCCCAAUGGAAGGCACUCGCGCCGCCGCGCUGCCUGGGACGUCCGAAGACUUCCUAGAGAACGAUCAUCUCACCCUCGCCUUCACGACGGAGCUCCUCAAGUCGCUGGAGGAGUAG